CGCACGUCGCUCGCGUGAUCGACGACGCUACAUACUGCGCCUGCGCACGGGCCGCGGCCUUUUCUACCCUCCCGGAGCGCUGCUGGGCCUGCAGGUCUGUGGCGAGCCGCAGACGCCGGUGUCCAAUCCUCACCAUGGGGUUUGUGAAAGUUGUUAAGAAUAAGGCCUACUUCAAGAGAUACCAAGUAAAAUUUAGAAGACGGCGAGAGGGAAAAACUGAUUACUAUGCUCGGAAACGCUUGGUGAUUCAGGAUAAAAACAAGUACAAUACACCCAAAUACAGGAUGAUAGUUCGUGUGACCAACAGAGAUAUCAUUUGUCAGAUUGCUUAUGCCCGUAUCGAAGGAGAUAUGAUAGUUUGUGCAGCUUAUGCUCAUGAACUCCCUAAGUAUGGUGUGAAGGUUGGCCUGACAAAUUAUGCUGCAGCAUAUUGUACUGGCCUGCUGCUGGCCCGCAGGCUUCUUAAUAGGUUUGGCAUGGACAAGAUUUAUGAAGGCCAAGUGGAGGUGACGGGAGAUGAAUACAAUGUGGAAAGCAUUGAUGGUCAGCCUGGUGCCUUUACCUGCUAUUUGGAUGCAGGGCUUGCCAGAACUACUACUGGAAAUAAAGUUUUUGGGGCCCUCAAGGGAGCUGUGGAUGGAGGAUUAUCUAUCCCUCACAGUACCAAACGAUUCCCUGGUUAUGAUUCAGAAAGCAAGGAAUUCAAUGCAGAAGUACAUCGGAAACACAUCAUGGGGCAGAACGUUGCAGAUUACAUGCGCUACCUAAUGGAAGAAGAUGAAGAUGCUUACAAGAAACAGUUCUCCCAGUACAUAAAGAACAACGUGACUCCAGACAUGAUGGAGGAGAUGUAUAAGAAAGCUCACACUGCUAUACGAGAGAAUCCAGUUUAUGAGAAGAAGCCUAAGAAGGAAGUUAAAAAGAAGAGGUGGAACCGUCCCAAAAUGUCUCUUGCCCAGAAGAAAGAUCGGGUAGCUCAGAAGAAAGCAAGCUUCCUUAGAGCUCAGGAGCGGGCUGCUGAGAGCUAAUAUACCAAAUCACAAUUUUCUAGGAAGUUUUUUCAGAUAAAAACAAUAAUAAAAUUAUUGACCAAGCAUCUA